ACAAGAACAGAUUCCCCAAUGUACUUCCAUGUACAGGCUGAUUGGUCCAUUGCUGAGAUGAAUGCUGAGAUUGGGGAGAGCCACGCCUACCUCUACACAUCACAGACUGAUGAACAGGCGAGAGUGCAUUUAGUGUUGAACUCCUUGGCAGAGAAACACCAUGUGGCUAGUGUGUCAAAGGUCAUGUACUGCAGGCAGCAGACCAGAACCAGCAACUUGGAGGAUUUGAGUCGCACACCCUCAGACGAUGAGGAUACCAUGGAGGAAGAGCGGGACAAUAAUGCCAACGAAGAGAGGGAUUUCAUUCACAAGCUGGUGGUGCAUGAGAUCCGUGUCUCGUGGACAAGGUUCAACAGAGAUGCGGUGCUGGGACUCUAUGACACCUACAACAAGUCACAGAUGCUGAAGAACAAUUUGUCAACAGAAGCUCUGAAAGGAGUGAAAGUGGAAAGUUCAGCACCGACACGAUUACAGCAGAAUGUUUCCACACCUACUCCAAACCCGCUAGCAGCGGCCAACACACCCAGUCCCAUCAGUAAACUCCAGACCGGCCAUGGAGCAACGAUGCUACAUCAGCUGCUGUCAGAGACUAACACCAAAUUCAAAGUCUUCUCAGAAGAGACAUCAGGCACUAGUAGUGAUCAACUACAAGGUGUCAAGGCAUGCACAUCCAACGAUGUCACCAUGAAGAAUUGGCUUAUUGAGCUGGAGAACAGCCAAGUCAUGCUGAAAGGCUGCAAAGCGUCCGGUUAUGUCAUCGUCUGCGCGUCUAGUGCCCAGAUCAUGCAGUGUUCCCACUUACCAGCCUGGAGGGAAGGGCACCUGACCAACAAGACCAGCUGGGUGGGCAAGUUGGAUGGACUACAGUAUUUUGCCACCGUGGAGACGCCUUCCUCUAACUCCAGAGACGAGGUCCAAUGGCUUCCAGUCUCCAGAAUCGAGCCCAGCCCGCAGCGGGUGACAGACGUGCCGGACAUGGUGGGCAGCGGGGAGUCUGUGGGCGGAGUCGUCAGCGACACGGUGGGGGCAUCGCUGGAGGACAUUGAGCAGGAGUCGGUGCAGCUACAGCGGAUUGCCUCCCGCUGCAGUUGUCAGUUCUACUACGCAAGCUACGGCGGGGAAGUCAGCCGCAGUGUGGCAGCCGAGAUGCUGAAAUCGGACAGUAGUCAGGAUGAAGAGUCAGACGGCGUCUUCAGCAAAGAGGAAGCGGUCGAUUCCAUGACCCUGAUGUACCACGACCUUCAGAUGUGCACUAACUCGGCUCAGUAUGACAUGAUACUGGACAUCAUUAACAACUUGCUGCUCUACGUGGAGCCAAAAGUCAAGGAAGCCAUGGCCAGGAUGCAACACAUGCGCUUUGCCUUGGAGCUUUCCAGCAUUGACGAUCAGAAGGAACCAAUUAUGCAGCUACAGAACUCUCUCAGAAACCUUGCGCUACAGUUGCGACAGUUAGAGAAGGACCUUUACAUGGCCCACAGGGCACUACAGGAAUUCCCUUUAGACCAGAGUUUGUCCUGUCAGAUUGCCGAUAUUGAGCUACAGGUUAAUGAAUGUAAGGAAUCUUUAGCAAAUGCCAGCGAAGACCUCAGGAUCAUGAUCAGCUGCUUUAAAGAGAUUCAGUUACAGAGAGCUGUGAAGAGAAAGUUACAAACAUCACAAGGACCUCAAGUAUCUCGGCGUGUGGAGGUGUGCUUCGGCUCAGCCAAGUGGAGACUGACGGAGGAAGAUGGGCAGCUAGGAAUGGCAGAUGUGGAGCUCAGACAGUUCAAAUACACUCGUACCACCAAAAAUGAUGACUCCAGCGAGAAUCUUGCUGAGUUGGGCUGGGUGACCAUCAACAAUCUCCUGGCAAAUGAUGUCUACAAAGACGUGCUGAGACCGCAGGACACGAGGGGCAAGACCAAACAGGUGGCCCUCAGGGUCAUAGCACGGGGCAAGCCUCCAGUCGGGGGAAUCUCAGUUCAAGAGAAUUUUGAGUUGAGUGUGGUUCCUCUGACCAUCCAGCUGACGAACAAGUUUUUCAAGAAGAUGAUGGGCUUCUUCUUCCCCGGAAGAAAUGUGGACCAGGAGUCGAUACCAGAGGAGCAAGGCAAAGGUCAAGGUGGUGGUGGUGAUGAUGAUUUGGAUAGCCUGGGAUCAUUCUCAAGGACUGGCAGUAUCAGAUCAACCAGCAGCGACGAAUCUAUCACGUCACCCAGAGAUUCCUUCAAGGGCAAAAAGAAAGGAGGAACUUUCCAAAAGUUAAGGGAGGCUACCAUCAUUGAUAAGAUGAAGGAAAGAGCAAGAAACAACGUGUUCUACAUCAUCAAGAUCCCCUCCGUGCCGCUUUGCGUCAGCUAUAAGGGAGAGAAGGAGAAGAACAUUGAGGAUGUGCACAAUUUCCACCUGGUUCUGCCAUCGCUGGAGUAUCACAACUGCACAUGGACUUGGCUGGAUUUACUCAUGGCACUCAAAAAAGAAUACAAGCAAGCCCUGGUCUCACAGGCUAUCAAAGAGAAGCUGAGGUUCAAGAUCGGACACAAGGAGGAGGGACCAUCAAACUCUGAUACAAGGGAGGACGCAGAUAAGGCGAAGUUGCUCAUGGGUGCCAAGGUUACCAACAUUGCAACUGAAGAGAAAUCUUCUUCAAAGAGGGCCCUUUUUGGUAAAGGACAAAGUAACCACUGAUAGACACUGCAAUUACAGAUGACAAAGGACAACCAGUUUGUAUAGAUGCUUCAAGUUUGUGGAGUAAUCUUUUUCCAUAUUAUGCUGGCCAAUAUUAAACCUAUGUGCUUUUCGUUUCUUUUUUUAUUAGUUUUUUUAUUGAGUAAAAACGUAUAUGAAUUGCCGCCAAAGAAUCAUGUCGUAUUCCUGAUCUUCAUUAUAUUCAAGAUGCUAACUUGAGUUGUAAAAGAACCAGACUGCAACAAACUUGCUAAUCAGCAAUUUGAUUAUUCAUGUUAACGGCUGUUAGCUUCAAGUGUUGCAGCAUAUUGGGACAGUGAUGUGUUAAAACAAAUACAUUUGAACUAAAUGUUGAAUUGGCUCUUCACUUUAUCCUCCGCAGAAUUUUAAAAGAGGAUCCGUUUAUGUGAUGAAAGAAAGCAUGUCAAAUAUAUAUCAAGUGAAAAUGUAUAUUAAAUAUUGAUAAAAAUUUUAUAUCAAAUGAUGGAGUUUUUAUAAUCAACCAUGUAAUGUUUUGUUACCUUUUCACAGAAUUCCUUUAAUCAUAAAUCUUUGGUUUUUACAUUUGUCGUGUAUUAAACAUUACAAAUAUCAAACACUGAAUAAUGUGAAAUUAAUAUUUCUUUGAUGGGAAAUACUCAUAAAAUAAUAGUUUACCCACCCAAAACUCAUUGUACAAUUGCAGAUAAAUGAAAAAAAGAUUAAAUUCAAAGAAUUAUGUAACAAAAUUUGACCCAAUUGUAUUAUUUAAAAUCCUUAAGUAUCUAAUAUCUUCCUUCAUAAACUUCCCCCUGAAAUAGAGUUUUAAACGUUUUGUUACAGAGAAAUAAGUGUGACAGAAGUAAACUGGAUCAAUUUUGUAAUUUUUUACACAAAAGUUAUGUGAUUCCAUUUCUUUUAAUUGACCACAAAUAUCAUUCACUGUUGGCAAAGAAAUGUUUUAUGGACAUAACAAAAUGGUAUUGCUUCGUAAUAUGUCUGUUUGUUGAAAGUAACAAAUAAGUCAUUUAUCAAUCUCAAAAUCAUUAUUUCGUCAAUUACUGCAUUUUCAAUGAACAAUAUAAUGUGUUUUACUUACAGUCUGUAAUUCACCAAUAUUAGUAAGUCUUUGUAUUCAAAACAACAGGAGAUACAAAGUUGCUAUUCUUCAAGCAAUUGGCAAAAAGUUCAGUUGUCUUGUGUGUAAUAUCCCCAUCACACUUUAGCUUUGAACUGACUAUAUCAGCGAUUUUCUAUAGUUUUAAUAUUUAAAUUUGAAAAUUUAAAUUUGGCUUUGAAAACACAAGUUGUUAUUUAAACUUGUGUACCCAGGUACCCAAAUGUGCAAGAAAUGUCGUCAUAUGCAAAUCGUCUAUUAUGAGAUUCCGUUCCGUGUCUAGUAAUGUUGAAUUUUUGAGUGCAAUUUUAAUAUUGUUAAAUUAUUGUAGACAAAAUUUUCUAGCAGCGCAACCUACAGUGUAAUUUUAACUUAAUUCUGUAAAAUUAUGUCUGCUUAGCUACAUUUAUGACUACAUUUGGUACAAGUCUAGACACAUGAAUAAAUCAAUCCUAACAGAAUUUUUAUAAAUUAAAA